AUGGGUCCGGGCUUAAGGGACGUAGUUUGCAAUCCCCCACCCUAUAGUCCUUAUGACGCAUUAAAGGAGGCGAUAAUUAACCGCUUCAGCAUGACGAAGGACAACCGUCUCAAACAGCUACUGAACGGAAUCCGUCUAGGGGACAACGGGCUUCACACUCCCACGCAGCUACUCAGCUAUAUGGGGAGCCUGGAUUCUAGCCUACACGUAAGUGAAAAUGUGCUACGCAUUUGUUGGAUGCAAGCACUGCCCGAAUACGUCGCGAGUUUCCUUAGAGUAUUCGCGAAUAAGGCUACCUUAGACGAGCUCGCAGAGGCAGCCGACAGCAUUUGCGCACACACACCGUCGGCUCCACCCGUCACUCGCCUAUCCCCAGACUCGAGGAAUUAUUCAUGGAAGGACGCAAACGACCAAGUGAAUCGGCGUCUGGACGAAAUAAUGACCCAAGUAGCCGCACUCAAAUUUCCCGCGAUCGAUCGCGUUCUAUCU